CAGUGACGAGCCACAAUUCAGCUCUACUCAUCUGCUACAUUUUUCUCAUACAUUCUUUGAAAAAAGAUAGAAAAUAAUGAUGUUCUAGAUAUUUCAGGUUUUAUUUGUAGUAUAUAAACAAAUUAAAUUUUUGACUGGAUUUCAGUGAACGAUCAGAUCUUGUUUACAUACUAUAUAAACGGUUUAUAAAAAAUUGUAAAAUAUAUCUAAUUGUGUAUUAAGAUGUCUGCACCAACGAAAUUGUUAAAUGGUACUUUUAAAAUUCCUGUUGUUGGACUUGGUACAGGAGGCGCAGGACAUGAGACUGCUAACGAAGAAGCCUUAGAGACAGCAUUGGAAGUGGCCCUGGAAACAGGGUACAGGCACAUAGAUACAGCCUAUGCUUACAAAAACGAGCACGUUAUUGGAAAGGUACUAAAAAAAUGGAUUUCAUCAGGCAAAGUCAAGAGAGAAGAGCUGUUCGUUACUACUAAGUUACCUAUGGAAGCUGUAAACGCUGACAGAGUCGAACCAUAUUUGAAGAAAUCCUUGGAAAGACUUCAGUUGGAUUAUGUAGACUUGUAUUUGAUCCAUUUUCCGAUUUGUACCAAACAAAUUGACAUAUUUCAGAGUGCAAAAAUUGAAACUGAACCCACUGAUCACCUAGCUGUUUGGAAGAAAUUGGAAGAGCAAGUUGACGCAGGCAGGACCAAAACAAUAGGAUUAUCAAAUUUCAACGUUAAGCAAAUAGAAAGAAUUUUGAAAAAUGCUAGAAUCAAACCAGCGUGCCUGCAAAUAGAAAUUCAUGUUUUCCUUCCCCAAUAUGAACUGGUAAAAUAUGCUCAAGAUAAUGGUUUAGUAGUGGUCGGGUUUUCUCCUUUGGCCAACCCUGGAGCUCACGUAUUUUUCGAGAGAUUAGGAUUACCACACAAACAAUUGCCUAGCAUGUCAACCGAGCCCACAAUCAAUCGCAUAGCCCAGAAGCAUAAAAAAGGUCCCGCUCAGAUCAUGCUUAAAUAUCUACUCCAAAGAGACAUCGUCGUGAUCCCCAAGAGCAUAUCACCCAACAGAAUCAAAGAGAACUUUGAUUUAUUUGAUUUUACUUUAGAACAAACGGAUUUGGAUGAUUUGAAGAAACUUGAUCUUGGAGAAGAUGGUAGAGUCUUCGAUUUCGCUUUUUCAGAAGAGUUUCCGAAACAUCCUGAAUGGCCACUGGCUCCUAAAGAAAUCAAUACAUGCUAUCAGAUAGUACCGGUAAUAAUGGUGGUACCCAAUGCUUUGUUAUUAGGAAAAUAUGAGUUUCCUGUCGUCGGUUAUGGUACCUGGCAGUCCGACAAUGAAGAGGAACUUGAAAAAGCUUUGAACGCAGCUCUAGAAACCGGAUACAGACAUAUAGACACAGCUUACAUAUACAACAACGAGCAUAUCAUAGGGAAAGUGCUUCAACAAUGGAUAUCUUCAGGAAAACUCAAGAGAGAAGAACUAUUUAUAACAACAAAACUACCUAUGCAAGCUAUACAUGAAGAUAGAGUUGAACCAUUCAUAAAAGAAUCUUUGGAGAGGUUGCAGCUGAAUUAUGUAGAUUUGUACCUGAUCCAUUUUCCGAUAUGUACCAAACCUAGAGAACCAUACUCAAAAGUACCGUUCGAAGUUGACGACACAGAUCACAUAGCUGUCUGGAAAAAACUUGAGGAGCAGGUCGAUGCUGGAAGAACAAGAACCAUUGGCGUAUCGAAUUUCAACAUCAAACAAAUCGACAGGAUAGUGAAAAAUUCCAGAAUUAAACCUGCCUGUUUGCAGGUGGAAAUCCACGUGUUUUUGCAACAAAGGGAAUUGGUAGAGUUCGCUCAGAAGAACGGACUGGUUGUUGUAGCUUAUUGUCCAUUGGCUAAUCCUGGAAUCAAUAAAUUCUACAAGAAGUUAGGACUGCCAGAAAAAGAAUUACCAAGCAUGCUUACCGAUGCCACCAUCCAAAAAAUCGCCAAGAAGCAUAACAAGACUCCCGCUCAAAUCAUGCUGAAGCAUUUGCUCCAAAGGGACAUUGUCGUCAUACCAAAGAGUGUCACUGUGAGCAGGGUAAAAGAAAACAUUAAUUUAUUCGACUUCACACUAGACAACGAAGAUAUUGAAGCAUUGAAAGGUCUUGAUGUUGGAGAACCAGCUAGAGCAUGCGAUUUCUCAUUUGCAAAAGCGUGA